UGGAAAGUCAAUAUGAGGCCUCUGCAGGUGCUGAUAACGCUUCUCAGAUGAUUAUGCAGCUUCUCUGUCUCCUUCACAGUGACCACUUAAUGUCCUAAUCUGUUCAUGCCUUUUUAAUAUUGUACCAGACCUGGUAACAACACAAAACAUAAAAAACAGUAAUGCACUCUUAUGGCCAUUCUACCCGUUGCAGGUGUGUGUGUGUGUGUGUGUGUGUGUGUGUGUGUGUGUUUGUGUGUGUGUGUGUGUGUGUGUGCGCAUGCUCUGUUACAUUAACAUCUGAUCAGUCUUCAGAGUGCUUCACUUUCUUGGCCAGGCAGUGUAUAUAAUUAUUGCUCUUGACUCCAGUAAAACUUACAGCAAUAUCAUAAACUUUCUUUCCAAUUUUUCACAGUAAAUAGGUAUCUAAGUAUCUAAUUAAAUUAGAUGCUUUAUUUCAGUAACAAAUUUGGUUCUUGUUACAUAAUUUAUAAGGUAAUUUGAGAUAAUUUUGUGAUAGAGCAAGGAGUACUGGUAGUCUUGUGUGAAGUUUGAAAAGUACUGGAGAGGCACUGGCAAUAGUCAGACUGUGAGGACGGGGUGCCAACUGUACCAGGGUAGUUCAGCCAGGAAGAGCAUUCCACUGAAUGGUGACAUUUCAGGUUUGAAUCCUGGUCCGAACCAAGUUUUAGUCUGCUAGGAAGUUCCAAAUUACAAUGCAGUUGUGGUAACUGAACUGAGAGGUAUUUGACAAGAUAUCAGGCAGAUGUCGGUCCAUCCUGUGUUUACCCGAGUCAGCGCUGUCACGGUCUCCUGUGCCGGAUGUAAUGCAGCUACCCUCGGAAUGACACGAGCACUUCAUUUGCGGCUGAUGCCGUUGUAUGUGGUGGACACAAUGAGCGGCAUGCCGGGCUUGCCGGGCCUCUUCGUCGCUGGCAUCUUCAGUGGUUCCCUGAGCACCGUCUCGUCGGCCGUCAACUCGCUGGCUGCCGUCACAUUGGAGGAUUACUUUAAGCCACUGUGCGUGCGGUACCAGGGCCACCCGCUGGGGGAGUCGCGGUCGCCGCUUGUGGGGAAGCUGCUGGCACUGGUGUUCGGACUGCUGUUUCUGGGACUGGCUUUCAUGGCGCAGUUCCUCGGUGGCGUGCUGCAGGCCAGCCUCACGAUAUUUGGCGCCGUCGGCGGACCCGUGCUCGGCUUCUUCUCGCUCGGCAUGUUCCUGCCCCACGCCAACGAGCCGGGAGCCAUAACGGGCCUUGGUCACGGGGCUCGCCUUCUCCAUGUGGGUCGGCUUCGGCGUCCCCCGACCGGACGCAGUAAUGCUGCCCACCAGGACGGACGGCUGCGACUUCAACGUUACGGCCACACCGCCGCCGCCCACCCAGGACCCCAGCGAGUACUUCUACCUGUACCGUGUGUCGUACCUGUGGGUCGUCGUGCUGGGAUUCCUGCUGACACUCGUCGUGGGCGCCGUCGCGUCGUGGGUGGCGGGCGUCACCUGCAAGGGGGACCUCAGCGUGCCGCCGCCAGACCCCGACCUCUUCGUGCCGCCAGUCCGGAGGGCGCUGCUCGCGAGGAGAGGGCGCAGGGGCUCCAACCCGGUGCAGCUGACACGUGUGGCCGGUGACCUGUCCAAUGGUGUGGGACCAGCUGCAGACACGAAGAGCCAGGAGGAGCCGCUCAAUGGCAUACAUGGCCACCACAUCACCCCAAUGUGAUGUCGACAGAGUACAGUGGGGACUGCUGUGAGCUGAAAGGUGGAUCCACAUGGCAUGUGACCGUGAAUGUUUGUCCCUGUACUUGAGCGAUCAUCAUAAUUUGACCCAAGAUAAACAACAGACCUGGUGCUGAUCUGUGGGUUCCAUGCCUGAGACAUUCCAGCCUUCUCUACAGAGGCUGCAAAAAUUUGGUCUAUUUAUUUUCUAGUUUUGUAAAAAAGGAAAAAAAAAUUAUAAACACUCAGUAUUCCUCAGUUUGUAAUAGCUUUGCUUUUUAUUCUCAGUUCUCUUCUGUUCAGCUGAAUUGCUGCAAAUAAUGAAGCGCUGCAAAAUCAGUUUUAUAGGUGCAUGAAGUCUCGACAGAUGCAGCCAAAGAGAGUGGGAGAGAUUAUAUGAGGCAGAAAAAUGUUGCUAUAGUUAACUGGGGAUGCAAUACUGCGCAGUGUAGAAACUUUUACAAAUGUAACAUUUCAGUGGACUUAUUAAAUAUGGGCAAUUGCUUACCUGGUAAACUGUGAGCAAAAGUAUGACAAUAAUUAUUACAAUAUUGGAAAAAGUUCUGACCAGGAAAUCAGUAAUCGUGUGAUGAAGAACAAUACUACAGGAGGGUGGAGGCAUUGAAUGGUGUAAAGAUGGCUGAAUAAUAUUGUUGAAUGGCAUAGAAAAGAUGCUUCCAAAAUAAAACUAGUUGCCUAUAAAAGGUCACAGAUACAAACCAAUCACAAAAUUUGCACAUGUAAAUUUUCCAUCAUAUUUGCUGCACUGUAAUUAUUUUUCUAG